AGAACGAUAUGGCUGCUUCCCCAACACGACUCAUGCUAAUCUCUCUCCUCAGCCAGUUGACAGUGUCAGCAACCUCUGAAGCCUGGAAGGAGCUGGUUGGGGCUGUUGGUGGAUCUGUGAUCUUCUCUCUGAAUUUCACAGUAAAGCAAGUUGACAGUAUCGCCUGGCUCUUCAAUGAAACCACUCUCGUCACUGUACAGCCAGCCACGGGAGACGAACAACCCACUUUUAUAGCAGCACACAAACGUAACAAGCCCAGGGUACAUUUCCAAGAUGGAGGUUAUUCUCUGACAUUCAGCCAACUGAAGAAGACUGACUCAGGCAUCUACUCUGUGAUUAUACACAGCUCAGAUUCCCAGUCUCUCUUCCCUGUGAAGUAUAGGCUGAACGUCUAUGAACACCUGUCAAAGCCCAAAGUCACCAUGGGACUACAGAGCAAUAAGAAUGGCACCUGCAUAACCAAUCUGACAUGUUCCAUGGAAGAGGGAGGAGAGGAUGUGACUUAUAGCUGGAAGGCCCUGGACCAGGCAGCCAAUGAGUCUCAUGAUGGCUCCAUCCUCCCCAUCUCUUGGACUUUGGGGGGAAAUGAUGUGACCUUCAUCUGCAUGGCCAGGAACCCUAUAAGCAGCAAUUCCUCAAGCCCUAUCUUUGCCCGGAAGCUCUGUGGAGGUGCUGCUGGUAACUCAGGAUUCCCUCUGAUCCUCUUAUGUUUCCUGUUGGUGUCCAUCCUGGUACCAGUGGCAUUUCUUUUGAUUAAGUGGACAAAGAGAGGAAAAGAGCCUGUUGAAAGCAAGAGUGGAAUGGACGUCCACCAGGAAAUUGCUCACUUCUGUCCAUAUUCUGCAGAAAACACAGAGUAUGACACAAUCCCCUACAUUCAUAAAAAUAAUCCAGCAGAAGAUCCAGCAAAUUCUCUUUAUUCCAUUGUACAGAUACCGAAAAAGGUGGAGAAUUCCCACUCACCACCCAGGAUGCCAGACACACCGAGGCUGUCUAGCUAUGAGAAUAUCAUCUAAACAGCAUAGUGUUCUCUCAAGUCUCAGGGGAACACAAAAGAAUUUUUUGAUGGGAAACUUGAGCCAAUCUGGACUACAUAGAGAAACCCUGUUCUGCUCAAGGGGAUAAUUUUAUUGCUGCCAUCACCUGUGAACAUCAGACUCCAGCUUCGUCAGCCUCUCAAUGCAAACUCACAUCAGAAAAUUUCCAGGGAGCUUCCAGGCUCUCAGUCUUGGACUGGCACUGCUUCCUUGAUCUCCUUUGUUAUGUGGCUUCCAGCUGUUUGGACUGAGCAGCUAUUGGAUCCUCUGGUUCUCCAUCACGCACAUGGGCAUUGUGGACUCUCCUGCCUCUGAACUUGUAAACAAAGCUAAUAUAUACUGUUUUUUC